AUGGAUCUAGAAUUUUCAGUAACAGAAACUAUUACUCGUAAUAACAAUUUCAUUAAUCAAAUUCAUUAUCAAUUUGAAGAAUUCAGUUUUGAAAAUACAUCCAAUGGAAUAACAAAUAAAAAAGAAAGACGUAGUAGAAUAUAUGAUACAAUUAUUACAAGAAAACAAUAUAAUAUAUUAACUAGAAAUACUCGAAAUACAUUAUUAUUUGAUAAUUUUAUUAUUGUUUUACGUCCAUUUAUUAUGGGAUAUUAUCAAGAUGAUGAAUUAACACGAGCAUUUCGUGUUUUGGAUAAAGAUCAUUCAGGAUCUGUUAAUGUUGAGGAAUUGGCAAACUUUUUACCAAUUAUUAAUGAAUUUGCAACAACUGAAGCGUUGACAAAUUAUAUUAAAAAAGUUGAUAUUAAUACUGAUGGAACUUUAAAUUAUGAUGAAUUUCGAAGUCUUAUAUUAAAGGGUAUUGGACGUGAUAUCAUCUGUAAUCAUCUUUAA